AUGCGCACACGUCUAGGACCCCAAACACCCUACAAAAACAGGCCUCAUGCCACCAUAUCACUGGAGGCACACUUCGAGCCUUCAAGCUCGCCUACUUUACAGGGACAUGCCGCCCGCCCACCCGUGGUAGGGGUUGGUAAAGAUCCCUCGUACACAACCCCUCCGGGCUCUAUCAAAAGGCGUCUGGACGACAUGCUCUCCACGCCUUUCAGUCCUCGCAUUAUUAAAUAUGAACCCCCACGAGGGUUAAUCGUCCCGAAAUUCUCCAUGUAUGAUGGAUCUAACGAUCCUUUCGAUCACAUAAUGCAUUAUCGGCAACUCAUGACCCUAGACAUAGGGAAUGAUAGGCUGUUAUGCAAGGUUUUCCCAGCAAGCCUACAAGGCCAGGCUCUCUUAUGGUUUCACCGACUGCCCGCGAACUCGAUUGACAAUCUCCGGGAUCUGUCCGAGGUCUUCGUGGGGCAGUACUUAUGCUCAGCCAAGCAUAAGCAAAAUAUCAGCACCUUACAGAACAUCAAAAUGCAAGAAAAUGAAUCUUUGAGAGAGUUCGUAAAGCGCUUCGGACAAGCUAUCUUACAAGUAGAAUCAUAUAGCAUGGAUGCAGUCCUUCAAAUUUUUAAACGGAACAUAUGCCCAAGGACCCCCUUUUUUGAGUCCCUCGCCAAAAAACCUCCUACAUCCAUGGACAAUUUAUUCCGGUGUGCGAAUAAAUACUCCAUGCUAGAGGAUGACGUCUGA